AUGAACAGCAUUUACGGGUCAGACAAUUUGUUCGAGAAUGGCUGGGCCACAGGUGAAGAUGACCAAAAUGGCACGAAUAGCCGCCUGCAGGCAUUCUCUUCUCAAUACCCUUCUUCGUCAACCUACUUGACAUCACUGCAGUUGCUCCGAGCCAACGAGACAGCUUCGCCAAGUGUCUCUGUCGACAUUUCUAGCCGUGUUCCAGAUCAGUAUUGGGCGAUUUUUGAGAAAUUGCGUCCUGAUGUUGCCACAGUUAAUGAACUCCAGUCAAACUUGUUCCAGCCACUUGUUUCUGCUGGCCAACUUACAGCCCACCAGGUCUCCCGCAUAAUUGACACCUUGUACGACCAUAACUUGUUGCCUGCAACAGUUGAGAACAAUUUUUUCCAGAUUUUGGGACUCUUGGCCUUAGAAUUGGAUGUUGCUGGUCUGGGAGAUUACGUCACGCUCCAGUUCAAAAUGAACUCUGGCCUUCCACCAUUACCCCCUGCAUCCGUGGAGCUUCUUCUACUGGACUCUCCUAGUGUUCCUGAACCUGUUGAUCCAUUAACGUCCCAGUUAGCUAAUACUUCAAUUUCGGACGAUCAUGACGAUAGAGAGGAAGACUGGGGUGCAGACGGUCUCUUGGCAGACCAUUCAGCGCUUCUGAUCGAUCCAGACACAACCAGUCCCGAAAGUCUUCAUGUUAAUGACUAUCCGUAUCUUAGCAAGUAUGUGGGGGACAUUAGAGACCAGUUUAAGCCUCUUGUUGGUCUGAACAAUGCUAUCAAGAUUAAAGAGGUGCCAGAAAAGGAAGGGUUGUUGUUUAAGCAUAUUAACUACGCAAUUUCUCACGACCUUCAUUUGGGCAUGCAUGGUCCCAGUGGAAUAAAGAAGGUUAUCAGACGGUAUUCAGACUUUGUGUGGCUUUUGGAGUUUCUACUUAAAAAGUACCCAUUCCGUGUGAUUCCAGGUCUACCACCAAAGAAAUUUUCGGUAGGAGCGUCUCCAGAUUCACAAUUUCUUCAAAGAAGACGUCGUGGCUUACAUCGGUUCUUGAACCAAUUGGUGAAGCAUCCAGUAUUGAGACAAGAGCCUAUUGUGGUCACAUUUCUUAGUGUUCCAACAGACUUGAGCUCGUGGAGAAAGCAAGCUCGUGUAGAUUACUCGUUAGAAUUCAAGGGCCAGAAGAUUCUGACCAAUUUUAUCAACUCCAUAUGGCCCUCUGUUGGAGAGGAAUUUCUUCAGAAUUGGAAAGCUGCAGAGGUUAAUAUCCCAAAACUCAUUGAUACUUGGACGAAAUUGGUCAUGUUGGUCGAACGAUAUGAGAAGAGACAACAACAGAUCGCUUGCGAUAACAGUAAGUUCGUGGAGAUGCUCUCCAAAUUCUCGGCUAAUGAUGACUCCCUCUAUCCACACAAAGAUACGGAGCAUAAGGUGAUUUCGGCAAUGAACAAGGAUGACACAAGCUCGAUUAAUGACUCGCUUUCUUUUCUCUCGGCAUUCUUCAACAAGACAUCCACUCUUCUCAUCGAUGAGAGCUACAUUAUUAACACAACGAUCUUGGAGAAGUUCAAAAACUACUUGGAUUACCUUUACUCCCUUCAGGAGCUUUUUGACCGGUCCAAAAAGCUUUCCAUCAACUCGAUUCCUCAACUCCAACAGAAGAUUCAAGAGAACGAACGCAAGUACGAGAGUCUCAGCAAGGACGAUGUGGAUAUUAAAGGUAGCGAGCUUGUCAAACUCAGGCAAGCAAUCAUCAACGAUAAGCAAGAAAUGUUUCAGCAACUUAACAAAGACUGGCUUAUCAAAAGCUGUUGCUUUGACGAGUACAUAAUGUUCCAGGAAACUCAGUUUCUCAUCUCCGAGGCGUGGACUGAUUGGUGCAAGGGCCGCUUUAAGUUCCAGGAGAAGUUCGCUGGUCUAUAUGACAAUUUGAACAACGAUGUUGUUCCAGACAUGCCACUUGGUCGCUAA